AUGCCUGGUACAGUGCCUAUCUUCAUAAUGUGGGAGGCUCGAAAUCACGGCUUCGGCGUGCGAAUGGGCCAGGUGGUUGCAGACGGCUUGGAGCGCCAUGAUGGCUGGUUGAGCACCAGAGCAUGGCUGCAGGAUUCGGACCUGCACGUGGUCCAGCGUGCAGAUGGAGGAGCGGGAGUUGAAACUGUCUAUUCGGUGCUGAAUGACGGCAGAUCGUUACAGAUUCGACGGCAGGUGUGGGAGCCGAGCGGCGAUAAUGAGAGCUGUCCCUGCUGGCAGCAGUUCGCAAAAUGCGAGAAAGACGGCCUUGACAGCAUGUUAGUAGAGAAGGGUGGCAGCAUCAGAAAUGCUUUCUUAGACGGGGCCACCCUGUCUAAGCCCGAUCGCAUCCUGGCUGAGCCGAAGACCGUUGAGGCCGUUGGACCAUACACCAAGGUGCCCACUCCUCCGCUGAUGCCCUGUGCGCCCUCCGGCGCACCCUCCCGCCAGCCCAUUGCGCGCAGGAGAUUUCAACGGCCUGCGGUUGCGGCCGCAUCGCCGUAA